AUGGGGCUUAAUUUGAAUUUAUCAAUCUACUCUUUAUCAAAACCCUUAUCUCAAUUUCUCGACGAAGUGUCGAGGAUCAAAGACAAUCAUUCGAAACUGUCUGAAAUCGAUGGGUAUGUCGGGAAAUUAGAGGAAGAGAGGAAAAAGAUCGAUGUUUUCAAACGAGAGCUCCCUUUAUGCAUGCUCUUAUUGAACGAAGCGAUUGGAGCGUUGCAGGAAGAGGCUAGGAAAGGCUCGUCAUCAGUGAUGAUGGCAUCAAAUGGGAAAUUCGGUGUUGGUGAGAGGGCAAAACUGGAAACUGAUAAUAAGAAGAACUGGAUGAGCUCUGCCCAGUUAUGGAUCUCCAACCCUAAUUCCCAAUUCCAAUCGACAAACGAAGAAGAAGAUCGGUGUGUGACUCAGAGCCCAAUCCAGACCUGUAAUUACCCUAAUCAGGGAGGGGCAUUUCUGCCAUUUACUCAAUCACCUCCUGUGCCUCCACCAGCUCCUCUGUCUCUCAUGACUCCAACAUCAGAGAUGGUGAUGGAUUGUAGCAGAAUUGAGCAGAAUCAUCAUCAUCAUCUUCAAUUCAACAACAAACCGUUACAGAGUCACCACCACAUUCAGAAGAAAGAGCAGAGAAGGAGAUGGUCACAGGAGCUUCACCGCAAAUUCGUUGAUGCGCUUCACAGGAUUGGAGGGCCACAAGUGGCUACACCAAAGCAGAUUAGAGAAAUGAUGAAUGUUGAUGGUUUAACCAAUGAUGAAGUGAAGAGUCAUUUACAGAAAUAUAGAAUGCAUAUCCGGAAGCAUCCGCUGCAUCCGACAAAGACUUUGUCAUCCUCGGAUCAGCCUGGUUUGUUAGAUAGAGAACCACAGAGCUUAAUAAGUCUGUCGAGGUCGGAUUCUCCACAAAGCCCUCUUGUUGGAAGAGGGUUGUUUAGUAAUAAUAAUGGUGGGCAUAGCUCAGAGGAAGCAGAUGAGGAGGAGGAGGAAGAAGAAGAGGAGGAGAAAUCUGAUGGACGUAGCUGGAAAAGUGAAUCAAAGAAGAUGACACAAGGGUUGGAUCUUGAGCUCUGA